AUGAUAGACACAUCUGAACUGUUACUUUCUUUGGACCACGUGAAGUACAGGAAGUCCGGAGAUGGACGUUCACCAAUUGGACGGCUGCUGCUUUACAAGGAACACGUUGAAUGGAGAGAUAAUGCUGGACCGGAAGUCCUGUAUGUGAAGUUCAUGCAAAUUAAAGGCCAGCGUGUUUCUCCGCCCAACAAGUCGAAGGUUCAGUUGCAGUUGGUGCUUCAAAAUGAUGACCAAGCAACGUUUGUCUUCUUGAAUCCUGCACUUGACAAAGAUGGUUUGAUCAAAGAACGGGAUCUUCUCAAAGAAACACUUCAACAGUCUCUCAUUGCACAUCGUCAACGGGUCAACCAGUUAGCUGCAACCAACGAGCAUGAUAUCAAGCAGACAGAACUUCGAGAGAAACAGCGAAUUCUCGGUGAAAACAAACAGCUUGAUCAGCUGUAUACCCACCUGGUGGCUUCCAAAUUAAUAAGCGCUCAGGAUUUCUGGACUGAUUAUUACAGCUCGAGUGGCACGGUUGAAGACAAAACAGGAAUAAGCGGUGCGUUCCUUACCAACAUUGUACAGCAAGAAGGAACAAACGGCAUAAAGUUGAAUUUGAAUACUGAAAUAAUUCAAGCAGUGUUUAACACAUAUCCAGCAGUUGAGAAGAAACAUCUCGAGCUUGUCCCCCAUGAAAUGACUGAAUCGCAGUUUUGGACGAAGUUUUUCCAAUCGCACUACUUUCACCGAGAAAGAGAGGUUUUGCCUAAUCCUAAUGACCCGUUCUCUGAUUGCGUUAGGAUGGAUGAGGCUGAAAUGGAAAGGUUACAUGGCGAUGGUGUGCAACGUAAACGAUUUGACCUGGAACACCUGGAUGAUAAUGUUAUCAGAGAGUUGACGAAACCGGAGGCCGCUAAGCCAACAGCGAAGACUACUCUUGUAAGGCGUUGUAAUUACUUGUCAGAAAAGAUACUUUCUGCGUUGAAACCAUCCACUUCUACAUCGGAUGAGGGUAGCUCCCCGUCAAAGCUCUCCGGAUUUGGCGUUUUAAAUAGGAUAAUCGAAGAAGAAGAAGGUAGAUUGGAGUCAAGUGAACUUAUGGAUCAAAUCGGCCAACAAGAGUGCCUGAACCUUAGUAUCAAGGCUGAUAGCGAGAGCGUCAAUCGAAGACUUUCUCCCGAAGAAGCUGCCAAUUUCAAAGAUAUUGUGCUGACACUGCUGGAAAGUUCUUCAGACGAGGAUAUAUUGCUUCCUGAAGAUGAAGACUUAAUUAACUUUGAGGGCAUGGACUGUGAUAUGAAUGGAACCGACCACGAUGGCGCUGAAAAAGGGUGUGGUGAUCCAUCAGAAUGGGGAUUAUCACCUGCUCAACUUAAUGAAUUACGAGCUAUUCAUGACGCAGUGGCUGAACUCCUCAAACAUUUCUGGAUGUGCUUUCCACCAGUGACUCCUGAAUUGGAGGAGAAGCUGCGGCGAAUGGUGCAAACCCUCCAUACUUACGAAAACAAUCAACUACGAGAUGCAGAGCGUCAGUUUGGGAAGCAGAAUGUUCAACACUGCUACGGUAUGCUUGCGCGUGCCUAUGCGCGUUACAAGGUAUAUACGCAAAGAAAGUCUGCUCGUGGUCAAGUAGAUGUUGCGAUUGUUUCAUUACCGGUGUUCUAA